AUGUUCCUUAGUGCAAAUGAAGUAAGCCAAGCCGCUUUUCAGGAGGAAAAUGCGCGACGGAAGGACUUCUUCACGUUGCUUUACGUUGUUGAACGACGACUUUAUUCUCCAACAAACGUUGAGUGGUGCCUCAUGGAACAUUGUUUGGAUGAAAUUAAUUAUAAAUACGCAGAUUUCUCGUUUCUCAUGGGUUUUGUUUCGGCUAUAGCGCUCCGCAGGCGAAAGGGACGCUCUUUUAUAUCCCGAUAUCGACUUCCUUUAUACGUUGGUCUUGUCGGUUACGAUAGUGGACUCCGCACGACCAAUCCAUGCCCUAGUGUGACUUUUUGGAAUUCCGUGACACUGUUGGAAAGUCCGUUGGGAGAAACAGCGCGGGUAUUACACGCCCCGGAUUGUUUUUACGAAGUGAAUUAUCGCAAUGGCAACAAUUCUAACUUGAGCACAUCAUACCUUUCUUGGUUGUGGAAUAGUGGGGCUUUUAUCGCGGAUUCACUUUUACUAAAAUCGCUCUUGCGGUAUACUUUUGAUCAAUCUAGUUGGAGACAGAGAAAUAAUGAGUCCACCGUAACGGGUCUCGUUGUAAACGGUCGUUUCUUCCGAUGGAAUUUGUUUGAAAUUCGCACGCAUAAAAGUGAAUCAUCGACAACGUAUGAUUUGAAGAUUGGUUUGCCAAGAUUUAUGGCAUCACUUGCUCUUCGUCGAUCCUAUCGUAGUCGUGAGAUGAUUCUCGAGCGGUCGUCUUUUGGGGGAAAAUUGUGGUAUAGUGUACAUUUUGCGCUUAUGCGUGUGUUGGGAUUGCAUGGUGAGAAUUGA